ACGGUAGGAAUGGUGAUGACGGAAGGGGCGGGGCUAGGCUAUGUUGUGGAAGUUGGGGAUCGCGGUGUGGUGGAAUGAAUGGAGAGCGGCUCCGGCUUGUCAUGAGUGAUCCCUUGUGAAAUGGAAUCUAGUACAUCGCAGCGUGAAGGCCAAGGUUUAACUGAGGAAAGUGUCAAGGCAGUAAAAAGCCAUCAAGUGCAGACAGAGACCUUAUGGAACUUUGAAGGUCAUCUCUCCAGCAGAAGCGAGCACUCCCUGCAUAGAGCUCCCUUGGGCCUGACUCUAGAAGAUCUCCAACAGCCCAGUCAUUGCCAGCCGAGGGACUUUGUUUCCAAGCAAAAGAACAGAAUGGCUUUAAGUGAAAGAGAUUCUCUAAGGAGUGCUCAAAAUAAAGCCUUUCCAUUGCGGGCAGGAUCACUAAGGGGCUCUGAAAAUGAAAACAGGAAUUUGAGAGAUAAAGUGGAUUCUCUUCAAGAGCAAAAUGCUUCUUUAGCUUCGCAAAACCACUCUCUGGUGAACAAGAUCAAAUCCAUGCAGCUGGAGCUCACUAAAUCCAAAUCGAAGGUUCGUCAUUAUGAAUCUGCUCAUGGGAAGCCUACCUCCAGAAUCCCUGAGCUAGAGAAACAUAUUAUUGGUUUAGAAGCCGAAUCGGAAGCACAGGAAAAAGCGCUCAGGAUUGCAGAAGAACAACUAGUGGAAAACCACAGCAAUAUGGCUGAAAAAGAACAAGUUCUUCAGAAAUUCAGAGAAGAAUUGAAGAGUAUGAAAAAGGAAUUGUACGAGUGUAGCAUUCAAUGUAAAAGAACUGAGAAACAGAGAAACGAAGCACUGUUUAAUGCUGAAGAACUAACCAAAGCAUUUCAACAGUACAAGAAAAAUGUGGCAGAGAAAAUAGAAAAGAUUCAAAAUGAGGAGGAGCAGAGAAGCCAGGCCCUCCAAGACUGUGAAAGAGAGCGAAAGGAAUCCUGGGAAAAGUGUAGAAAAUUGGAAAAUGAACUUGAAGAUGUAAGGGCACAUUUAAGGAGUUUGCUGUCUGAAAAGACUGAUGAAGGGGAGAAACAGAAACAGAAAUGUGCUGAAUCAAGUAACACAGAGCUUAUUACACUUCUGACCCAGUGUAAUCAGAGGGUUCUACGACUUGAGAGUGAACUUGAAAAUAAAGAGAAAGUGUUUAAGGAAAACAAAAGGCUUCUUCAAGAAAAUAAGGAGUUAAAAGAGCGUCUUGCAGCCCGUGAAGACUUCAGUGGAAUGAGACACUUGGGUUCAGAGUCUAGCAAUAUUAGGCCAUCAUCACAAUCAAGGAGUGACCAGACAAAUGUGCCAGGCGAUGUAAAUAAACCCCAUUCCAGUGACGGCAGUUUGCUCAUUAUGGAUCUGAGGGCACAGUUGUCACUGAAAGAAGCAGAAAAUCAAGAAUUACGAGCCAAACUUGUGCAUGCAAAUACCUGCUUUCCAUUGGAUGCCGAACCAGUAAAGUUACCCUUACAGCAAAUUGAGGCAGAAAAGUACCUGCAGUUACAGACAUCUAUAGAACAGUUACGGAUGGAGAAGGAGAAACAUUCCGAGAAUGUGAAAGAGUUGCAGAGGAAGCUUGGUAAAGCUCAGACUGAAAUCGCCAAUACUAAACUUUCAAUGGCUCAGAGAACUAGUCAGUUUCAACUCAUACAGGGAGAGCUGCUGGAGAAAGCAUCAAAGUCAACAAAGCUAGAACAGGAAAUGACAAAGAAAUCACAGAAGAAUGCCUCUCUGCAAAAACUGUUGGAAGAAAGGUCUCAGGCUUACUCAGCUGCUGUAGCUAGGAAUGCAGACCUAGAGGACGAACUGUUGGAAUUUAAAGCACACAUAGCCCACUUGGAGGAAAACAUUAGCAAGGAGCAUCGAGACGUUCUCCUGGCAUUUGAAAAGUCGAAAACUAUGCAUCAAGAACAACAGAGUGAACUCUUGAAGCAAAUAGAGCAUCUCCAGCGUCAGCAGGAGAUGAAGAAUCUUCAAAUAGCAGAACAAAACUAUACUAAUAAAGUCCUACAAGAAGACACUGUAGCAAAGCAGCAGCAGAUAAUAUCUCUAGAAAACCUACUAGUGGAAACCAGAAAGGAACUGGAUCAUCAAAGAAAAGACACAGCAGAUGCUAUUAAAGUGCUUGAGAACCAAGUAGAGGAGGAAACGAUAAAGGUGAAACAGCUUGAAUCAGCCAUGGCUAUAUGUAAAGAAGAGCUGAGCCUUUAUUUACAACAGCUGGAAGGCAACAGAGAAGAUUUUGAAGAUCAAAUAAAGAAAAAGUCGGAGGAGGUUCAGUGUUUGCGAAAGGAAAUGAAGUUAAAGACUCAAAGUCUUCAAGAAACCAGUGAAGAAAAUGUACGAUUACAACAGACACUUCAACAGCAGCAGCAGAUGUUACAGCAGGAAACGGCUCGUAUCGGAGAACUCGAGGACACCCAGGCACAGCUACAGCAACAGAUUUCUAAGUUGGAAUUUGAACUGGAGAAGCAAAGGUCAUCUUUCCAAGAAGAAUUGAAAGCCACAGCAAAGAAAUGGCAAGUGACCAAUAAGGAACUGGCGCUGAAAACCCACAACAUUCACCAGUUGAGCAAUAGCAUGGAGCAGGUAAAGCGUGAAUUGAACAGUUGCAGAGAAAAGUUGAUGCACACAGAAGAGCAGCUGUUGUCUGUCGCUGCUGAUGGGGAGUCUAAGAACAACAGACUGAGUCAGAUGGAUUUGAUUUUACAGAAAACACAGACAGAACUUAAUGACAAAGCACAGCUGGUCACCUUGUUACAAGAAAGAGUGAAUAGAGCUGAAAGGGAUCUCAACAGAAAAGAAGAAAUAGAAAUGGAGCUUCAACAUUUGCAUACGCAGUUGCAGGGCAAUCUAAAACAUAUUGAAGAACUUCAAGAGACACUUACAAAGACCCAUCUAUUGGUGGAAGAAAAGGAAGUCAUAAUACAAGCUCUUACAGAAGAAUUAAGGGCAUGUAAGAAUGAACUGGAUGAGAGAGACCACGAGCUGCUGGAUAUGGACCAGGCCCUUAAAGACAGGAACUGGGAGCUAAAACAGAGGGCAGCCCAGCUAACCCAACUGGACUCAACCAUUCGGCAACACAAAGAAGAACUGGAACAGAAAAUUAUUCAUCUGGAAACUGCCUUAAUGAAAUCUGAACUGGAAACAAAAGACCGUAUGUCACAGAUUUCAACCCUGCAAGAAAAACUACAAGAAAUGGGGGAUCGACUCCAAGAAAAAGACUUUGACCUGAUUCAGAAAGAUCAAUUUUUGAAUCACCUACAUAAAGAACUUGAAAAAAAGGAAGCAACUAUAACUGAAAUGGAACAGACACUGAAGUCACAGCAGACCUGCAUAUCCGAGCAGCAGAAAGAAGAGACGGAGCUAAGCCAGCAAGUACGGCUAGCCCGAGAACGGGUACAAUUAACCCAUCGGGAACUCGUGGAAACCCGACAGCAGCUGGCAGAGGCUAAUCAAGAAUCAGACCGGCUUACACAUAAGCUGGACGGAAUUGAUCGUCUUUCCAGAGAAAAGAUGCAGCAGAUGAAACAAGAUUUGGAAGAAGCACAAGAUACAAUAUGCAAUUUGAAAACAGAACUUGAAGCCAGAAAUGAGGUGAUCAAAGCAACGAAUGAAGUAUUGAUCCUGAAAGAAUCUGAGCUGACCAGAUUCAAAACUCGCAUGUCAGGAUGGGAAAGAAAACUUGGCCUUAACCAACAGCUAAACGCAUCCUCGCUGUCUCCUGAGUUGCUUGGUGAUUGUGAAGGGCUGGAAUCCUACAAGUUCCCUGAUGCCUCUGACUUCAAAAACUGGAGGAUACAGCACUCUAUGAGCGAUGUAAGCCUUACAGACAUCAGCUCACUGGAUCUCCCUAAAAACAUGAUAGAUACCAUGAAGGAUUCCCCACUAGGAAGGAGAAGUCCUGACACGGCUACUCAUGUUCCUUGCGAAAGCUUGAGUGACGCUUCAUUCAAUCCUCUUGAGUAUGCAGUGGAUGAUCACUGUGGUAGGAUCUCGGAUUGCCCUGAUCUAGGCACACUCAGUGGAAUGCUAAAAUACAUUAAACAGGAGAUGAAAUUAUCUGAAGCCUGCCAGGCACACAGCCCAGACAAGAAUCUGUGGAGUGAGGAGGGCUGCCAAGAAAAACAGACUUGUAUUCUACAAACUACACAAAAAUGAACCUGGCAGACUAAGCCUGGCCUGUAUAUGUCGUAUAUUUGUACAUGUCUUUAUUUAUUUUGUAAAUGUAGUUUAAAUACAGAUUUUUUUUUUUUUUUUUUUUUUUUUACUUUUCGUUAUUUGUAUGACUUUCUAAGAUAAUGAAAAUCCUAUUCACGCGUGAAAAUAAAUGAUU